CCUGCCUCUCUCCUCCUCUCUCCCCCGGCUCACUGAUCUCCCGUGCAUGUCUCGACAUGCCGACAAACACCAGGAGAGGGUGGAGACACAGAAAAAAACCAAACAAGAAAAACCGGAGUGCAUGACAGACGGAGAGAGAGAGAAGGAGCUAUGAACAGAGGAAGGAGGAAGAGCCGAGGCUGUGAGAAAGUAAAAGGGAAUCUCACGCUGCAGCUGAAGUUGAGGGCAGAUCCUCGAUUCAAAACAGGGAGGACAGAAACCGAAAGAGAGGAGAGAAGGCUGUGGUUGUCAUAGGAGAAUAGAGGGAGGACUGUGGCAACGGAGGGGUGAGAUAUCAUUUCUGCUGGGAGAAAUGUGCUGACAAGCUCUGCUUUUAACUCCGUCCUCUCUGAUUUCUACCUGAACAGCUCGUGGAUUCCCUGAAGAGCCGUGGUAACUGCUGGUAACUAGGGCAUCCGUAUUCCACAAACAGAUCCAAAUGCAGGAAAGAGAUGCUGAAAAGAGGCUCCUUUAGCUGACUUCACAUUUCCUAGAGCCUGACGUUUCUGGAAGGAACAGCACGUGGACGGUCACGAUAACGACCAUCUGAUGUAGCGCUUAAGGAACUUGCCCAAAGCUGUCAAAGAUCAGCUACAGCAGGAAUAAAAGCCCCGGAGGAGCAUGGGAUGUAAAGCCGAGAGCACCGACUCGUCCUCCGGAUGCCUCCACCCCGAGAACCAAUGAGCGUUGGCGGUGGAUGGGGCCACAGCUCCAGUCUGCUCCGGGGCCGGCGUUUCCACUGCCGGGAAUGGGCCCUGGAGAAGCUGCGGCGCUGCCUGGACUCGUGCUCGGCGCCGGGCCAGGCCGGGGGGCUGCUGCUGACGGGGGGCCCCGGGGCCGGGAAGAGCGCCCUGUGCACGGAGCUGGUGUGGCCCACGGCCAGGGCCGGGCCGGCCCCGGGGCUGGCCCGCCGCUGCCUGGCCUCACACUUCUGCCUGAGGGAGGACCAGGCCAGCCUGGUCCCCUGGAGGUUCGUGCUGGGGCUGGUGGAGCAGCUCCGGGCCUCGCCGCUGCUCCCCCCCGGGUACCAGGAGAUGCUCUGCAGGGAUGCUGUUGCUGGUACCGUGGAGCCGGGACACUGUCAGAGAGACCCAGACGACACCUUCAAGAGGGCGGUGUUGGAGCCCCUGCUGGCCCUCCCUCCUCCUGCCCACACCCUGAUGCUCGUCGUGGACGGCCUGGAUGCUAAAUGCAGACCAGGCGAAGGACCUGGCAGGAGUGGAUCCAUUCCAGAGCUCUUGGCUGCCAAUCUGCACCUGCUGCCCAGCUGGCUGCUGCUGGUCUGCUCCGUCCGCCGCCAUGACAAAGCUGUGUGCAAGAUGUUCUCAGGUUUUCGUAAGAUCUGCCUGGAUGACCUGAGGAAGCCACCAGCAGUUCGUGAUGUGCAGCAGUACAUCCUCUGUCGACUGGAUGAAGAAGCAGCUCUGCGCCGUCAGCUCACCCUCGACACGGCUGACAUGCUGAAUCUGCUGCACAUCAAGAGCGGCGGUUGCGUUCUCUUUCUUGAGCGCGUUCUGGAUGGCGUGGCAGCUUCACUUGUGGGGCUGCGGGAGAUCCGGGACAUCCCCGGCACCCUCAACGGUCUGUACUUGUGGCUCUGCCAGAGGUUGUUUCCCCGGGGACUCUUCGUCUACGUCAGGCCUCUCCUCAAUGUUCUCUUGGCUGCUCCAAGACCCCUCACACCCCAGCAGCUAUUCACAGCAGUCUGGACUCAGGACACCCUGAUGAAUAUCCACGACUUUCAGAAGAAGCUCCAAACACUUUCCCCUCUCUUGAUUGAUGGCCCUGGAUCGACCAAAUUACUCUUUCAUGCCAGUUUUGCAGAAUGGCUGACUGACGUUAAGUACUGCACACAGAAGUACCUGUGCAGCAGGACAGAGGGCCACAGCAUGCUUGCUAUGGCUCUGACUCUACAAGGACCACAUUUGGACAAUGAUGGUACUUGUCAGCUAGCCACACACUUACUGUGCUCAGGGCACCAUGAGGCGAAACCCUCAUUACUGGCUCUGUGGAUGCUGUGGGCAGGUGUGCCCGCCCUUACUUCAAACUCCGGUCAAACCCUCACAACAUCUUUAGCUCAGCUUCCCAGUCUGGUCAGUCACGAUGUCCCUCGGCUAUUAAUGUUAGCUGGACUCAUCUUACCUGACGGGCUUUCAGCUGCAGACACAGGUGUUGAAAUGCAUUCUGUUGGUGAAGAUCGAACUAAUUUACAGGAGGCAUUUGAUAGAGAACCCUCGAUAAAGAAGCUGCUGGAUAGCGGGCUGUCCGUGAACAAGCUUGGUUCUUCAGAUGGACAGACCUUGCUUGCAAGAGCAGCUCAUGAAGGUUCUGCAAAUAUAGCUGAAAUUCUCCUGAAACAUGGGUCUGAUCCAUUAAUCAGUGAUCAUCAAGGUCAGACACCACUGACUUUGGUUGCCAAACAGGGUCAUGUCAAAGUGCUGUCCCUCCUCCUUGAAUGGGCCAAAAGGCAAAACCCAGAGACUGCGACACAGAUGAUGGAGCAUGUUGACAAUGAAGGCUGGACAGCACUGCGCUCUGCAGCUUGGGGAGGACACAGUGAGGCUGUCCGAUUACUUCUAGGUGCAGGGGCCAAUGUAAAUGGAUGUGACAGCGAGGGACGGACUGCCCUCCGAGCUGCUGCAUGGGGAGGUCAUGAAGAAAUUGUCCUCACUCUGCUGGACAAUGGAGCACAUGUUGACAAAGCUGAUAGCCAGGGUCGCACACCCCUUAUUGUCGCUGCCUACAUGGGACAUCAUGAAAUUGUGGAGAUAUUGCUGGACCACAAUUCAAACGUUGACCUAGUAGACGGAGAUGGACGCACUGCUCUGUCAGUUGCUGCCCUCUGUGUCUCUACCGCCACGGGAAUCAAAGGUUUUGGUGAGGUAGCAAGUCUGUUACUGGAGCAUGGAGCAGAUCCAGGGCACAGAGACCACGAUGGAAUGACGCCACUGCUUUUAGCUGCCUAUGAAGGCCAUGAAGAUGUUGUUGAGCUUUUGUUAGAAGCCGGUGCCGAUGUGGACGAAACUGCUGGUCCGGCUGGGAGUGUCUCUGCUGCGGCUGCCGUCACUCCUCUGUUGGCAGCUGCAGCAAUGGGGCACAUGAAGACAGUAUCACUGCUGCUCUUCUGGGGCGCUGCUGUGGAUGCCAUCGAUUGUGAGGGGCGGACAGCACUCUGCCUAGCAGCAGCAAGAGGCAGCUUGGAGGUGGUACGAGCCUUGCUGGACCGAGGCCUGGAUGAAAAUCAUAAAGACGACCUUGGCUGGACUCCACUACAUUCUGCUGCCUGUGAAGGCCACCGGGCUGUUUGUGCUGCUUUGACAGAGCGGGGCAGCAUGGCACGUGUUGGGGAGAUGGAUAUCGAAGGGCGCACCCCGCUUAUAUUGGCUGCCCAAGAAGGUCAUUGGAGUACUGUCAAACUACUGCUAGACAGGCGUUCUCCUAUUGACCACAGAGCAUAUGAUGGACAUUCUGCCCUGAGUGCAGCUCUCCUGGAGACCCACACGGAUGUUGCAGAGCUGCUCAUGAAGCGAGGGGCUGAUACCGAUGUCCGGGAUGCAGAGGGACGGGCUCUGCUCUACCUCCUGGUGCUGGAGGCUCGCCUCGAUAUGGCAACUCUUCUCAUUGAGAAAGGAGGUGUGCCAUUGGAGUCUCGAGACUCUGAUGGGCGCACUGCACUUCAUGUGGCUUGCUGGCAGGGAUGUGUGGAGAUUGUAGAUUUACUUUUAAAACACGGGGCGAACCCCAAUGCACGAGAUAGCCAAGGGAGACCACCAUUACAUUCGGUGGCUUGGACAGGACAUACUAAAGUAGGACAUCAUCUCCUACAAGCCAGCGGUGUAAAUAUAAACCUUGCUUGUCAUCAGGGGGCAACAGCUCUGAGUAUUGCUGCCCAAGAGGGGCAUGUCAAUAUUGUGAAAAUACUUCUAGAGAGUGGUGCAAAUCCAAAUCACACGGACAAAUAUGGCCGUGGUCCAGUCAAAGUGGCUGGAAAAAAUGGGCACUUUCACAUUGUCGGGCUCCUAGAGAGCUACGGAGCCAAGCCACAUCCAGGCCCUUUGCCUAACUCUAGUACUGCAUCUCCUGCAAAACAGAACAAAACACUCCCCCCAGGCAUGUCGGAGAGUAGCGGCGGUGAAGUCAACGCUGCCACUUUCUCCUCCUCAGUAUCUUCUCCUGGCUCCACCACAGAACGAUUCCACUCAAUGGAGAGCUCCCAAACCUCCUCUACCUUCCACUCACUUGCUACGGUGCAGACGGUGCCAGCUGACAGCAUCAGCUUCAUACAACAGAUCCAGCAGCAUUCUCUGCCUCGUAGUCGCAGCCGCCCAUCCACCCUCCCUCCCCCAGGAAGCAUGGGCAGCCUCCAGGGGAGUAGCCAGAGACAACCCAAAGGCAUCCCCCCUCCUACCGUUUGCACAGUCACAGCCAUGGUGCACAACUGCGAACCGCCUCAGAAAACUUUGUCAUCUGCACUUGAAUAUCAUGACAAAACGAAAAAACAAAGCUCAAAGUUGAUUCAGGCGGACAGGACUGCUUACACUGGUGGUAAAUGGCACUCAGUCAUGGCCUCUCUUGGGAUAACGCCAGGUCAAGACAGCCCCCUGGCUGCUAAAAACAGAGAGAGCUCUCCUUUGGACUACCCCAGUAGGCUACAGAGCCCUCCUCCAGGAGAAGCCUGGGAUUCUCCAACCCAGAAGAACAUUUUGUCACCCAUUUGCUACAAUUUCACCCCCACCCCACCUUGCAGUGCCUUGCCAGAGGAUAUUAUGAUCACUAUGACGACUACAGACCCAAAGCUUAAUCUCAAACAAGCCAUCAAACUACAGUUUGAAGGUCCUACCAAUGCUGCCUUCUGUAAAAGAGAGACCCCCCUGUAACUGCCACUUUGUUGUACUUUGUUUUUUUUUCUUUUCCACAAACGUUUUUCUUAUACUUUUGUUAUACUAUGUGGGCUAGUGCUGAAAUGUUUGGUUUCAUAUCGCUGCAAUGCAUACAGUACAUAAAAAUGUUGUUUGAUUUGGGUAAAGUGGAACAUUUUUGCAAGUCAAGGAGAGAGCAUCAAGACUGUUCAGAUGAAAGUGGAAGGGAAGGGAGUGUCUUCCUCCACUCCCUUCAGAAAACCUCAGAAAUACCAACUGAACUAAAGUACAUUACAGCUGACAUUCCUGCUGCAGGUGCUAGGUUAAGUCACGAUGAUCUGAAAAACAAUAACAUAACUACAAGUGGAUUUGUUCAAAGUGAAACUUUAGUGAGAUUCAACCUAAAUAUUUAAGUUUUGCCAUUUUAUUUAAAUGUAUUUGACCCCAAAGAAGCAAAUUUAAAACUACACAACUCUUUUUAGCUUUAAAGAAGAAAUGUUUCGUUUGAUUUUCGUUUGAUUUUCAUAUUCUUUGAAAGAGAAGAUCCAGUCAACAAUCAGGUUUAUGCUUGAACUUUGAUGUUUGCUACAAACUAGCCAAUAUCUCCCAUAACCGCUCCAUAACUUCCAACCAAAUCUGUCGCCGUAUGGAAAACAAAGUCAGACCCUAUGCAGGUUUAUGUAUUUAUCUGUAAAAGAUGUCCAACCUUACUGGACAGCUUUAGCUUGGGUUGUCUGUGGUCAUGCAGGAAAUAUCAUUUAAAUUAGACAGUUAAAAAUGCGGGUGGAUGUGUUUGUGGGGGUUAAUUUUUUUUUUUUAAAGUGUGUUGCCUAAAGAAAAUUCUGUGUUUUGAUCAUUCAUUCAUUAAA